AUGUUUUUACAUAUUAUAGCACAUGACGUCAAAAUUAGAGUAAUAAAGAGACAAUUUGUGAAAUCUGAAGAAAUAAUUAGUAGGCAGUUUAAUGAUGUAUUGCUUGCUAUUUUGAUAUGUCAUAAUCUCUUAUUGAAGAAAUAUCAACCAUUUAGCCAGGAUAAAAUGGAUGAACGAUGGAAAUGGUUUAAGGAUUGCCUAGGAGCCUUAGAUGGUACUCAUAUCAAAGUCAAUGUCCUUGAGGCUGAUAAGUCUAGAUAUCAUAACAGAAAAGGUGACAUAACAACCAAUGUGCUUGGAGUGGUUGCUCCCGAUAUGCAAUUUAUCUACGUAUUGACAGGUUGGGAGGGUUCAGCUGCAGAUUAUAGGGUAUUGCGAGAUGCACUAUUUCGCAAUGGGUUUAGUGUUCCCCAAGAUAUUUUAUUGAGACUUUAA